CUAUGCCUUGGCAGUUGGACAACGCGACUCAUAACGUGAUAAUCGGGCGGCCGGCCGAACCGCUAAAAACCGAAACAUUCGGAAAUUACUUUAUAGAAAAUUAUUUUAUUUGAAACAUUUUUUAAGACUUAAGCUGUUUGUGAAGUGAUACUUACAUAUAUAAGCGUUUAAAGAAACAAGCAAUAUGCAAGUUUUCGACAAUACUAUGCGCCGUGCAUCACGACGCGCCUCUCUGCGCCGCGGCUCCAUUUCAGUGCUGCCACAAAAGUCUGCCGAAAUUCCAUGGGACAUUCUGGAGCGUCUAUUGUUGCCAUUCCUGUUCUGUCAUGCUGCCGCAUUGAUUAUCUCAACAUUGUUGCACGCAUUGGAUAUUUCACAUGUCUCCACGUUUGCGGUAUUCGUUUGGUUUGCACUCUCCACUGUCGGAGCGGUCCUCUUCUAUCAUUUCGUUAAGGUCUCCUCAUAUGGCAAAGGUGUACUCAUUACUGGCUGCGAAACUCCCAUCGCUUGGUAUUUGGCUAAGAAACUCGACGAUUUAGGUUUCACUAUCUACGCUGGCUUCAGUGUGCCCAUCGCUGAUUCAGAUGAGGCGAAAAUCCUGAAGGAGGAAACUUCCGGUCGUUUGAAAUUGUUGCAUGUGGAUGUGAGCUCGGAGAAAUCACUACUUGAGGCCGCUGUCUAUAUUUCUGAACAUUUACCCGAUGGUGCUUAUGGCUUGUGGGCUGUGGUGCAUUGUGCUCACUGGGUUGCGCUUGGAGAGUUGGAGUGGAUUCCAUUCGGUGUAUUGCGCAAGUCAUUGGAUUUGAAUUUGUUGGGUGCCGCACGUUUGACCCAGAUUAUGUUGCCGUUAAUUCGCCGCUCAACUGGACGCGUUGUCUUCUUAACCUCAGGCCUUAGCAAAAUUCCGGCACCUGUGCGCGGCAUUCAAGGCGCCACCCAAGCGGCUAUUGAGAGCUUCGCCGGCUGUUUGCGUCAUGAAAUGCGCCAACGUGGUGUCGAUGUGUCUGUGGUGGCAGCCGGUGAAUUUACGCCCGGCAACGGUUGGCUCAACGAGACGGAACUGCGUGAACAGGCUAAGGCAAUGUGGGCACAAUUGACCUCCGAACAGAAGAAAACCUAUGGCGAAGAUUACUAUGAAGCUGCUAUGACUUCAUUGGAGAAAUACUCAAGAGAGACCGCUGACAUUCAACCCGCUCUACGCGUGCUGAUCGAUGCCGUCUCGCGCACCUUCCCCAUGGCACGCUACACACCGGUGACUGCACGCGAAAAGAUCGAAAUUUUCAUGGCCGAACACUUACCCACCGCACUCUACGAAAUCCUCUUCGCUGAGCCCAAAAAGAAGGUGCGUCCACAAGGUGCUUUCUAAACGCCAGCACCGCAUGUACGAGCAAAGGAAAAGGCAAACAGACCAAAGGACACGGCUGCAAAACUAAAGAGCGUUCACUGCACAAAUUUGUAUUGUUGUGAUGAUUGAAAUAAAAAAAUAUGCUUAGCUUUCGGUAAUAAACA